CCGCGGACUCAAAUCGUCAUAAUUCGCUUCCUCGAAACCUCAAUCAACCCACAGAGCAUUUGCGCAAUUGCCCGUCAAGCAGCAAGUAGCUCAAUCUCUCAGUAUACCAAUCCUUAAUUUGGUUUUGGUGUCACUGACCGCACACUUCCGUCUCUUUUGGCUGCUCGUGUGAGUGUUGUGGCAGCGGAACUCCAGUCCACACUUUUUUCCCCCGUAACUUUUGGCGGCAGCUUGCAGCAAGCUUCUUGUCAGCAUGCCGCAGAUACUAAGCCCCAAGGAUGCUUCGCUCUUUCGGCAAGUCAUUAAACACUAUGACGCCAAGCAGUACAAGAAAGGUAUCAAAACCGCGGAACAGAUCCUCCGAAAAAACCCCCAACAUGGCGACACUUUGGCUAUGAAAGCCCUCAUCUUGAACGCACAAGGCAAGAAUGAUGAGGCCUUCCCUCUCGCCAAGGAAGCCCUUCGCAAUGACAUGAAAUCACACGUCUGUUGGCACGUCUAUGGGCUUUUAUGGAGAGCAGAGAAGAACUUUGAGGAGGCCAUCAAGGCUUACAAGUUUGCGCUGAGAUUGGAGCCCGAGUCACCACAAAUUCAGCGUGACUUGGCCCUGUUGCAGAUGCAGAUGAGAGACUUCCAAGGAUACGCUACGAGCCGAAGAGCAAUGCUCCAGGCCCGCCCUCAGAUCAGAUCGAACUGGACGGCAAUGGCCAUUGCGCACCACCUCGCUGGCGAAUAUACGGAAGCAGAGAAGGUUUUGACGACAUACGAGGAGACCCUGAAGUCGCCCCCCUCAAAGACCGACGUGGAGCAUUCGGAAGCUGUCCUAUAUAAGAACACCAUCAUUGCUGAGUCUGGCGACCUUGAGCGCGCAUUGAAGCAUUUGGAAUCGAUUUCCAAGACAAACCUAGACAAGACCGCUGUCAUGGAGAUGAGAGCAGACUACCUUUUGCGAUUGGACCGCAAGUCGGAGGCGGAGAAGGCUUACAGGGAAUUACUGGAUCGCAACGCCGAUUAUCGGCCUUACUAUGAUGGUUUGGAGAAAGCCCUUGGCCUGGACAAGAACAAGGACAAGCAGGCACUGAAGGAGCUAUACGACGAAUAUGCCAAGAACAAUCCCAGAGGAGACGCCCCCAAGCGAGUACCUCUGGACUUUCUCGAGGGCGACGAUUUCCGAGAUGCUGCCACUCAGUACCUCCACUACAAGUUGAGCAAGGGUGUCCCCUCCUGCUUUGUCAACAUCAAAUCUCUUUACACCGAUGAUUUUAAGAAGAACACCAUCCAGGACAUUGUUGAAGGCUUUGCUAAUGGCAAGGGUGUCCGUGAGACAAAUGGAUCCGUCGAGGACAAGUCUGAGGAAGACGCGAACGCGUUCAAAUCCGCAGUCCUCUACUUCCUUGCCCAACACUACAACUAUUACCUGAGCCGUGACCUUCAGAAAGCCACGUCCUACAUUGACCAGGCUAUUGAGCUUUCGCCCAAAUCGGUUGAUUUCCACAUGACCAAGGCUCGGAUAUGGAAGCACUAUGGUAAUACACAAAAGGCGUCGGAGACAAUGGAGCAGGCGCGCACGUUGGAUGUCAAGGACAGAUAUAUCAACACCAAAGCAGCUAAAUACCAGCUGCGGAAUGACGAAAACGAGGCUGCGUUGAAGAAUAUGAGCAAGUUCACCCGGAAUGAGACAGUUGGUGGCCCCUUGGGCGAUCUGAUAGACAUGCAAUGCAUGUGGUAUCUGUUGGAGGAUGGCGAGUCGUACUUGCGCCAGCAGAAGUUCGGGCUGGCAUUGAAGCGCUUCAAGACCAUUCAUGACAUUUUUGACGUCUGGCAAGAAGAUCAGUUUGACUUUCACAGUUUCUCCCUUCGAAAGGGCGAAAUCCGCGCAUACGUGGACAUGCUGAGAUGGGAGGAUACCGUACGAUCGCAUCCCUUCUACUCCCGGGCUGCUCUAUCGGCUAUCAAGGCCUACACUCUUCUGCAUGAUCAUCCCAAACUUGUAAACGGCCCGCUGCUGGAUGGUGUCGAUGGUGACGAUGCCGAAGCUGACAACGCUGAUGCUGCGGAGCGCAAGAAGGCCCAGAAGAAGGCUAAGAAGGAGCAACAGCGCCUCGAGGCUGAGAAGGAGGCUGCGAAGAAGCAGCAGCAACAACAAAAGUCUACCGCUGGUGCCGAUGGCGAAACAAAGAAAGAGGACCCAGAUCCGCAGGGUACGACUCUUGUGCAGACCAAGGAGCCGCUCAAGGACGCAGAGAAGUUUUUGAAUCAUUUGCUCGAGUUCAGCCCCAAGAUUAUUCGUGCACAGACUGCAGGAUUCGAGGUUUACAUUCGGUUAGGAAAAUACCUGCUCGCUUUGAAGUGUCUCAUUGCGGCUUCAAAACUGGAUUCUCAAGACCCUGUUCUUCACGAGCAGAUUAUUCGCUUCCGCAAGACUCUUGACUCUCUCUCCGAGCCCCUUCCUCCUCAAGUCUCUUCUGUGAUCGACGCAGAACUCCCUACUCUUCUACCAAAGGAUACGGAUCUCGCCAAAUUUAACGAGCAGUUCCUCGCCCGGCAUGCUCAGAGCGCAGCUCACAUGCAGGCUGCCUUGCAAGCCCGCCGCGUGCUGAAUCCGGAUGCCAAGGCUGACAUUGAAAAGUCACUCUCUGAUACUCUAGCGCUUCCCAACAUCACUCUUGAGCAGGCACAAGAAGGUCUUGCUACUUUGAAAAGCUGGGCUGCCGACAAGACCAAGCGGGAAGCUUACGUGCAAGCGGCAGCAAAGCGGUGGCCUGAGGCGUCUGCAUUCCAGAGCGCAUGACUUGUGAAAAAUCAGCUGGGAUGAAAGAGGGGACCUUGCAUUUCAAAAGGUGCAUUGUCUAAAUAGCAUUGUUUGGAUUUCUUUUUCGUAGAGGGUGUGAAAGAGUACAAUACACAAAAGUUGUCACCAGCCGUGAUGUCCCAUUUAAGGUUUCAGUAGGGGCGGAGAUUGAGUUGCAAAAUAUCUUCUGUGGUUUGAACGAAAAGUCCCAGAGCGGGUG